UGUCUGUUUGGUUUAACACGAAACAUUUGAUCGUGUUGGAUGCGUGUACUGAUGCUAGUUUUGAAGCGUUCUGAUGCCUUGACCCUUUCAAGAUGGCUGACUGAAGGUGCCGCGUGUCUCACUUUGUGACCCAACUGACGCAAUUGACCUCCUUUUACGACAGAACCUCGGACCAUUUCUGGGUAAGGAUUGGAGUGCAGCGAUCUUCUGCCCGGCUGGUUUGAGAGAGCCGUCCACUAUGGCUUUAAGAAGAGUGUGUUGUCUCCUGGGCAGGCCGCAGAGAUGUGUGUUCACUUCAGGAUUACGAGCUCAGGGCACUGUAGCACAGGCUCAGAGAGAGGUAGAGAAAGGUGGCGAGAGGAAGCAAGUCAAAGCACCGAAAGAACAGUUUAACUGGCGUGAUGCCCUCAACCUGGAGGGUCUGCUGACAGAGGAGGAGAUUAUGAUCCGAGACACCACCCACACCUACUGUCAAGAGAAGCUCAUGCCACGCAUCCUGAUGGCCAACAGAAACGAAGUUUUCCAUCGUGAGAUUUUGAAUGAGAUGGGUGAGCUAGGAGUUCUGGGCCCAACUAUUAAAGGCUACGGCUGUGCUGGAACGAGUUACGUAGCGUACGGACUUAUUGCACGUGAGGUGGAGCGAGUGGACAGUGGGUACCGCUCAGUGAUGAGUGUGCAGUCCUCUCUGGUCAUGCACCCGAUCUACGCCUAUGGCACAGAGGAGCAGAAGGAGAAAUAUCUCCCCAGACUUGCAAGGGGAGAGAUUCUGGGCUGCUUUGGCCUGACUGAACCAAACCACGGCAGCGACCCUGGCGGCAUGGAGACCAGAGCCAAGUACAACGCAUCCAGCCGCACCUUCACCCUCACUGGGUCCAAAACAUGGAUUACAAACUCUCCUGUGGCUGAUAUUUGUGUGGUGUGGGCCAAGUGUGACGAUGGUAAAGUGCGGGGGUUUAUUUUGGAGCGAGGCAUGAAAGGUCUCAGCACCCCCAAAAUCGAGGGCAAGUUCUCAUUGCGUGCCUCCUCCACCGGCAUGAUCGCCAUGGACGACGUGGAGGUGCCAGAGGAGAACCUGUUGCCCAACGUGUCUGGACUCGCGGGUCCAUUCGGCUGUUUAAACAACGCCCGUUAUGGGAUCUCCUGGGGAGCACUGGGAGCAGCAGAAUUUUGCUUCCAUGCAGCACGUCAGUACACACUGGACAGGAUCCAGUUUGGGGUACCACUGGCCAGAAACCAGCUGAUGCAGAAGAAGAUGGCAGACAUGCUAACCGAGAUUACGAUCGGCCUGCAGUCCUGUCUGCAACUGGGCAGACUCCUCGAUCAGAAGAAAGCAAGUCCAGAGAUGAUCUCCAUGCUUAAGAGGAAUAGCUGUGGGAAGGCCUUGGACAUCGCCAGACAGGCGCGAGACAUGCUGGGUGGUAACGGCAUUGCUGACGAAUACAACGUCAUCCGCCAUGUCAUGAACUUAGAGGCCGUGAACACCUACGAAGGUACUCAUGAUAUCCAUGCUCUGAUCCUGGGCAGAGCCAUCACAGGCCUGCAGGCAUUUACUGUGGAGAAGUAAAUCACUAAUCCACCGCCCACAACAGUACAGCACUUGUACCACCUAGAAAGCUACUGACUUGUGUAAUGAAAAUGAAGCUAAAGGAUUUUUUGUUGUCUAUUUAAGUAAUUGACGUUUUCAAAAUGUAAUUAUCUCCAAGUUCCUCUUUAUCUUCAGAAGACAUAGACAAUAUUUUUGUACUAUAAACAAUCCGUUUACCCGUUGAUUUUGUAUAUAAAUUAUAACGUCAAUUUAGAACCGAGAGAGAAGACGUGGUGUUUUAAUAUCAGUCAUAAUCUGAAACAAUAGAAAAAAAAUUGGAGUCGCGUGAACGUGUGAUAGAGUACGCAGUAAUAUUUGACUCUGGUUUUGGUUUUGUUUAGGAUACAGGAAACUGACAGCGGUUUAAAAAAUGAUUUGUAUAUUUCCAUGUUUCCGUUAUUCUGGCACAGUAAACUUCUUGUUUUUAAAUUACUGUAAGGUUUACCCGUUACGUUACGCCACUUAUCUUGGAAUAAAAUAAGCUAAAGCCAAAAUACAUGCAUAAAGAGUGAUGCUAUAUCCCAGUCCUUUGGUUUGUAAGAAGGCAUUAAACAUCCAUUGAAAUAA